GAUUACGCACUUCCUCCAGGGGUCAGGGCCGCAUCGCGGUGUAGCGGGUUCGAGUCCCGCCUCCUGACUCUCGCCUCAAGCCCCUGAGUGCGGGGCGGGGCGCAUUCUCCGGGUAACCUCUCCGCGAAGAGGGGCGGUGGCACGCCUUGGGCUUCACCAUGGAGGACUACCUGCAGGGUUGUCGAGCUGCUCUGCAGGUGUCCCGACCGAUACAUGUUGUGCUGGGAAAUGAAGCCUGUGACUUGGACUCCAUGGUGUCAGCUCUCGCCCUGGCUUUUUACCUGGCAAAGACAACUGAGACUGAGGAGGUCUUUGUGCCAGUUUUAAACAUAAAACGUUCUGAGCUACCUCUGCGAGGCGACAAUGUCUUCUUCCUUCAGAAGAUUCACAUUCCAGAGUCCCUUUUGAUUUUCCGGGAUGAGAUUGACCUGCAUGCAUUGCAUCAGGCUGGGCAGCUCACCCUCAUCCUUGUUGACCAUCAUGUCUUACCCAAAAGUGAUGCGGCCCUGGAGGAGGCAGUGGCAGAGGUGCUAGACCAUCGGCCCAUCGAUCAGAAGCACUGCCCUCCCUGCCAUGUUUCAGUUGAACUGGUGGGGUCCUGCGCUACCCUGGUGACGGAGAGAAUCCUGCAGGGGGCACCAGAGAUCUUGGACAGGCAAACUGCAGCCCUUCUGCAUGGAACAAUCAUCCUGGACUGUGUCAACAUGGACCUUAAAGUUGGAAAGGCAACCCUAAAGGACAUCGAAUAUGUGGAGAAACUGGAGGCCCUCUUCCCAGAUCUGCCCAGGAGAAAUGACAUCUUUGAUUCUCUGCAAAAGGCAAAGUUUGAUGUAUCAGGACUGACCACAGAGCAGAUGCUGAGAAAAGACCAGAAGACCAUCUCUAGACAAGGCACCAAGGUGGCCAUUAGUGCAAUAUAUAUGGAUUUGGAGGUCUUUCUGCAGAGGUCUGGCCUCAUCGCAGACCUCCAUGCCCUCUGCCAGGCUCACAGCUAUGACGCCCUGGUCGCCAUGACUAUCUUUUUCAACACUCACAAUGAGCCAGUGCGGCAGUUGGCUGUUUUCUGUCCCCACGCAGCACUUCGAAUGACAAUCUGUGGAGUCCUGGAACGCUCCCACUCUCCAUCCCUGAAGCUGACUCCGGCCCCGAGCAUCCACCCUAACCUCCAAGCCUAUCUUCAAGGCAACACCCAGGUCUCUCGAAAGAAACUUCUGCCUCUGCUCCAGGAAGCCUUGUCAGCAUAUUUUGACUCCGUGAAGUUCCCUUCGGGACAGCCUGAGACAGUGGGUGUAUCCAGGGAGCAGGCGGACAAGGAAUUGGACAGGGCAGGUAACUCCCUGAUUUCUGGAUUGAGUCAAGAUGACGAGGAGCCUCCGCUGCCCCCCACGCCCAUGAACAGCUUGGUGGACGAGUGCCCUCUGGAUCAGGGGCUGCCUAAAUUCUCAGCUGAGGUCAUCUUUGAGAAGUGUAGUCAGAUCUCGCUGUCAGAAUCUACCACUGCCUCCCUGUCCAAGAAAUGACUGUUGGGAGGGGAGGGGAAAGUGAGAGAGGUUGCUUGAACCACCCUGAAUGCAUGUUUUGAGAUGUUUCAGCAAUUCUGUCUUUAUUGUUCCAGGACCUGGUGUACUGUUCUCAAACCUAGGAGGAGAAAGACGUGAAAGAAAGCUGAGCUGGCUUUCUGCCUUUUCCCCACAAUCUCUACCGAGCAGACAAAUUUUAUUAUUUAACUUAACUCUUUAAAUCCGCACUGGCUCACCUCUAUUUCAUUUACCAGGGUCGUAAUAUAGGAACAUACACAGUUCCAGAAAAGUAGCACAAAAAGUAUGCGUACCCCGAAAGUGCCCGCAGGCAGGCUCUUUAACAGAACCAGUAGUUUCCAUUGGAACCAAACAUUCAUUUUCUCCAUGUAUUCAUUUAUUCUCUUAUUAACUCAAGUAUUUAUUGAAUAUAGUACCUACUUUAGGCUUUGGAAAUUCCUUUUCCAGUUUUCAGCCUUUUGCAGAUUUCCAGCUCCACUUUCUGCCCCCAGUUAGGUCAUGGUGUCUGAUUCCCAGAUGUCUAAAUUUCUGUUCUGAGUUUAUUGUAACUUUUUCGGAAUUGCUUGGGAGCAGACUGGAGACCUUUAUCUUCCGUUCAGGUCAUGUGGUGUGGCUCUCAGUUUCUCUGGAUCCCUCUGACCCAGAGCCACAGGGACCUUGAAGAGACCUAGAAAGACCCCUGGCUCUUGAGAGUUCAGGAGACACCCGGGAAAGCCUUAAGACCUCACAGGCACUCUUCCCAAAGACAGCAGAACUACAGUGAGCGCCCUGGCUCUGUCCCCUGCCUCAGCGGGUCGGUCGGUUUCUUAUCCAUCUAAUUCUCUUUUUGCUAACAGUACAAGGGAACGUGGAGUUUCAUACCGACUGCUGUAAACUGUGUGUGUUGUCAAGACACUCACUCCUCUAGGUCUCAUUCCCCCAUCUAUAAAACUGAGGGUCUGGAUUAGAUGUUCCCUGAUUUCUGAGAUCUGCCUCUUGCCACCGUCCUUUCUCGCCUCUGCUUCUGUUUUUAUUUUUGUUUUCCCUGGGAAUGCUCAGGGUCACUGCAUUGUCUGUUUAUGUGUGAUUGUACCAAGGUACUCAGCCUCAUGUAGCAUGUACAGGGGUAUGAUUCAUACCAUAGUGACCAGCAAAGGGCUCCCUCCCACUGACCUGUUCUGCAUGUGUAGAGUCUCCCUUUCUUCUUCAGACCAACCUGUUGCCCCUUUUCCUCCCCCGUAGCUCUAUUCCCUGUAAGUUGUUGACAGUUUUGAUGAACAGUGGGGUAUGUGAUGGUUUUGGCAUGAUGUCUUCAUAUGAGGGGAACAGUCUGGCUUCACUUUGAGGGGAUGAUGUUUGUAGUCAUUGGAAGGUAAAAUAGUGGUGUGAUUACUGAACCAAAGGAAUUUAUGUUUUGUAACUUGGGUACUUUAUUUUGCAUUUUGUUAAAAUAUUAAAUACUUUUUUCCUGUUUGGA